AUUGUCGGUAACGUCACGAAGAAGUUCUCACGGAUAUUCGUAAUAAGCCUUUUGAUUUCAAUCGGAAUAACAAAAUCAGCGCUCGAUGUCUUAAGAGAUAGACGUAAUCAAAUCAAGAUGCUUCUACUUGCCGCUAUAGGACUGGCACUGAUGUGGCUGUACACAAAAUGGCACCGAACCAAAAAGUAUUGGGCGGACAGAAAUGUCCCUUUUAUACCUCCACAUCCUCUGCUGGGCAACUUAACGUUCCUGCUCAAACAAAAUCCGGGUAUCUUUGUGCGUCACAUUUACAAUCGAGAUCAGCCUUACGUGGGCUUGUGGUGGUUCUGGCGGCCAGUGCUGCUGGUCAACACGCCGGAGCUGGCGCGUCGCAUCCUAGUCAAGGAUUGUGCAGUCUUCAAGGACAGAUUUCUAAAUUCAGGAAAAAAGGACACUCUUGGAGGAUUUAACCUUUUCCUUGUAAACGAUCCGUUUUGGAGUACAGUUAGAAAACGUCUAUCACCGUCGUUCACAGGAGCCAAGCUAAAGGUCUUCCACAAGCACUUUGUGGCAAAGGCCCGCGAACUCGUGGAGCGAAUCAAGAUUGAAAUGGAGAGUAAUAAGCGCGUAAAUCUUAGGAUGAUGUUCACUGACUACACGACUGAUGUUGUCGGUUUAUCAGCGUUUGGUGUCCGCGGCGACGCCACGCUGACGGGGAAGAGCCCCCUGCGUGAUAUUACCAAAGGCUUCAUGACCUUCACCUACCUCAGGGGCCUCGCCUGGGCUUGCAUCUUCUUCAUACCGGAAUUGGUUGACGUAUUCGGAUUCUCAUUUUUCCCAAAUGAAGCAUCGAAUUACUUCAGGAAAAUAUACAAGCAAGUAGUCGACGAAAGAGGUGGAUACAAUGUUCGCAUCGGAGAAAAUAAGGACUUUCUUGAUGCAUUGAGAAAAAUGAAACAAGAUUAUGAUCAAAAUAAUGAAGAAAUGCCUGAAGAUAUUCUUAUAGCUCAAGCGGCGGCAAUUCUACAAGGCGGCUUCGAUACUACGGGCUCCGCGCUGACGUUCUGCACAUACGAACUGGCUCAUAGCCCACAAUACCAGGAUAAAAUUUACGAUGAACUGCUUCAAAUUAAAGACAGAAUACUUAACGGAGAUGUGGAUGCAGAAGUUUUACAUGAGAUUAAAUACCUUAAUGCCGCUUUGAAAGAAUGUUUCAGGAAAUACUUACCAAUGGGUUGGAUAGAUAGAGUGGCGUCUACAGAUUAUCGAAUCGAUGAGAACCUCACAAUAAAAGCGGGCACGCCUGUGUACGUGAACGCCGGCGGUAUGCAGUACGAUCCUAUAUAUUACCCGGAUCCAGAGAAAUUCGAUCCUGAUAGAUUUUUACCUGAAAAUGAGAAAAAACACACACCUUUUACAUAUUUACCUUUUGGUGAAGGCCCCAGAUUUUGUAUAGGUAAACGAUUCGGAGUACAGAACGCUAUUUGCGCCCUCGCCCAUAUUAUUAUAAACUAUAAGAUUGUCGCCAAACCUGACUCACAUCUGCCCCGGGAUAUUGUAAUUGAAAAGAAAAGUUUGUUCUACAUGCCAGGAGAAACUCUCUAUGUCGAUUUUGUACCACGAGAUUUAUAAAUCGAAUCCUGCUAUUAUAACUAUCGGACAACUGUUGUGCGAUUGUCAAUUGUUUUGCAGCCAAUUCAACUGUUUAGUUACAUAACCUAAAAUCGA